GUGGACACCACACGGGCAUUGUCGACAUACGUUGAUCACCCCCACGACCACCAGUCCCCGGUACACCACAAUGUCCACUUUCCAAAAGGAAGUCGUUAUCGAUGGCAAGGGCCACUUGCUCGGACGUUUGGCCUCUAUUGUUGCCAAGCAGCUCCUGAACGGCCAGAAGAUUGUCGUCGUCCGUGCUGAGGAAAUCAACAUUACCGGACCCUUCUUCCGUAACAAGUUGAAGUACAUGGCUUUCUUGCGCAAGCGCUGUGUCGUCAACCCCAGCCGCGGUGUUUUCCAUUUCCGCGCCCCCUCCCGUAUCUUCUGGCGUACCGUUCGUGGAAUGAUCCCUCACAAGACGCCCCGCGGUGCCGCCGCCCUGGAGCGCCUGAAGGUCUUUGAGGGUGUCCCUCCUCCUUUCGACAAGAAGAAGCGUCUCGUCGUGCCUGCCGCUCUUCGUGUGCUCCGUCUCUCCCCCGGCCGCAAGUUCACCGUCUUGAAGCGCAUUUCGACCGAGUUUGGCUGGAAGUACCAGGACGUUGUUGAGAGGUUGGAGGAGAAGCGUAAGACCAAGAGUCACGCUUACUACGAGAAGAAGAGGGCUCUGCUCCGCAUCAAGGGACAGGCUGCCAAGAAGGUCGAGAAGGAGCUCGAGACCGUCCACAAGACUCUCGCCACCUACGGUCACUAAAACCACGGUGAAUGGGAGUACGGCGUUCCGGAAAGGGCUUCGAUCGGAAACGUGAAGCGUCCCUGGGGGAGAGCUAGUGCAUAUUCAGAUUAGAGUAUACGCGCUCAGUUUCAAAUAUUAUGGCUUUUUCUCGACAGAUGCCGCUGACUUUUCAAUUGGACUUUGAGCAUUGUUCACGUUUGCUGGAGGGAUUGAGAACCGGGCAGAUCAUGCUCCGCUGGUGGGAUUGGGAUGGGUGCAUCGCGAGAUGGACGAUACCCCUCAUGGGCACGGGUGGGGCGAGAAAGCUGCAGGCACUGUACCGCCGAGUAUCCGGGAAGUUUUAGUGUAGCUUUCCGCAUGAGACGGACGAUACUCAUCUGCCAUGUUAUGUGCGUGUAAGUAUGGAAUCUGCAGUGGAGCUAUCGUGAAGCAUACGACGCCGACGAAUGCUAGAAGAAACUUUGAU